AUGUUCGCCUUCGACCGGAACAAGGCGACCCCGAAAAUGUUCACCGAGACCGCCGUUUGCAUUAUGCACCCGGAACUGCUUGACACCUCGGCCGAGGAGAUACUCUCCACAUCCUCACCAUUGUUGCUGUCGAUCAAUGUUCUGGCCUACUCCGAUUGCCUGGACGAUGCUGAAAGUUUGCUGAGCGCUUGGAAUUCAGUGCCAGCUGACCUUCAGAAAGCUAUUAUCGAAGUCCAGCCUACCAAUCAUACGGCCUGGGACGACUUCUUUCACCUGCAGCGUCAGAUCAACCCCGACAAUCCCGAACAGAAAUGGGGUAUACAUAGUAUUCUCAAUGAUCCAUCGGUGUCUGUUUCAGAGCUGGUCAGGGCCAUCAAACCUGCAAUGUGCGACCUACCCACCAAGUCCUCGUUUGGUUGCAUUUAUAUGUGCGACACUUUGACUCCGGACGAAAACGACGCCGUCUUCAGUCUGCCGCAGCAGUACUACAUCUCAACCUUCAGUGGCUGGAAGGAUUCGGCACUGGUGCCAAAAGUCCGCGACACGAUGAGGAGAACGUACGAGAUAGCCUCCACAGUUGCUUGCGGCAUGUACAUAGCCGACUACGAUCAAUCACCUGGGUCGCUUCAUUCUCCAAAGAUCAGAGUUUGGACCGACUCGGCCCGUGAACGAUUCACGAAAAUUCGACAGCGGUGGGAUCCUGAUGGGUUGUUUCGAGGGUACAGAGCAUUCGAACCUGAGGAUCAUGCCAUCAAAUGA